UCUAUAAAUUCAAACCUCGCCAGCCUCCCUCGGCACCAAUUGUCCAUUCUCUUUCUCCCUUUCUUCUCCCCUGAACUCUACUCCUGUGCUUCUCUUCGCAUUUUGACAUCCCAGUCGGAGCAAUGGCUAAAACUGACAAAUCUAACAUGGAGACAAGAGGAAGCAAAGAUGAGGAGUACGAGUACACACUCGAUGGAUCAGUGGAUUUCAGAGGAAGGCCUGCAGUCAAGGACAAGACUGGAGGCUGGGUGGCUGGAUCUCUUCUUCUAGUGAAUCAGGGAUUAGCCACGCUUGCAUUCUUUGGGGUUGGAGUCAACCUGGUAUUGUUUUUGACAAGAGUUCUGCAGCAGAACAAUGCAGAAGCAGCCAACAAUGUCAGCAAAUGGACAGGCACAGUCUAUAUCUUCUCGCUCGUAGGGGCCUUCCUCAGUGACUCUUAUUGGGGAAGAUACAAGACUUGUGCCAUUUUCCAAGUCAUCUUUGUAAUAGGAUUGGCGCUGCUCUCUCUUUCCACUCACCUAUUUCUUCUCAAACCCUCAGGGUGUGGUGAUGAGGAUCUUAACUGUGGACCACACUCAAGCCUACAACUUGCGAUCUUCUACCUCUCAGUCUACCUGGUUGCUCUAGGAAAUGGAGGGUACCAACCAAACAUAGCCACCUUUGGGGCAGACCAGUUUGAUGAGGAAGAUUAUGUAGAGUCCCACUCCAAGAUUUCAUUCUUCAGCUACUUCUACUUAGCCCUCAACUUAGGCUCUCUUUUCUCCAACACAUUCUUGGACUACUUCGAGGACAAGGGUAUGUGGGCGCUAGGCUUUUGGGCAUCAACUGGGUCUGCGAUGCUGGCCCUGGUCCUCUUCCUCUGUGGCACCACCAGUUACAGACACUUAAAGCCUAACGGCAACCCUCUCACUAGGGUAUGCCAGGUCAUCAUCGCUGCAUCAAGGAAGUGGAGGAUCAGAAUGCCACUAAGUGGCAAAGAUCUGUAUGAGGUGAAGGUCAAAGAGGCUGCAGACUCACAUGCUAAUGGAAGCAGAAAGUUACUCCACACUGAAGGCUUCAAAUUCCUGGACAGAGCAGCAGUCGUUGAUCCAGAUGAUUUCAUAACAAAAAACAAUCAAUUGAGUUCUUGUAAUCCCUGGCGUCUGUGCCCCAUCACGCAAGUCGAAGAGCUCAAAUGUGUGCUCCGUCUCCUUCCCAUAUGGAUGACCACCAUAAUCUACUCAGUCGUUUUCACACAGAUGGCCUCCCUCUUCGUCGAGCAGGGUGCAGUCAUGAACAAUAAUGUUGGCGGUUUCCAUAUUCCUCCUGCAAGCAUGUCUGCCUUUGACAUCGCCAGUGUAGCACUCUUCAUAUUUUUCUAUCGCAGGCUACUCGCUCCCUUGAUUUCGAGAUGGAAGAAGGAUAGAAAAGGGCUCACAGAACUGCAAAGAAUGGGAGUUGGGCUCGUCAUAGCAAUUAUGGCAAUGAUUUCUGCAGGAGCAGUCGAAGCCUACAGGCUGAAGAAUGUAUGCAGUGAUUGUACAGAUGACAGUUCUCUAAGUAUCUUAUGGCAAAUUCCUCAGUAUAUGCUGAUAGGAGCUUCAGAGGUGUUUAUGUACGUGGGUCAGUUGGAGUUCUUCAAUGACCAGGCGCCGGAUGGACUGAAAAGCUUCGGCAGCGCACUCUGCAUGACCUCGAUAUCACUAGGGAACUAUGUGAGCAGUCUUCUGGUGACCGUAGUGAUGGAGAUAACGUCUAAAGGCAAUUGCCCAGGAUGGAUUCCAGUAAACCUCAACAGAGGGCACAUGGACAGGUUCUACUUUCUCCUUGCAAGCCUAACUGCUGCAGACCUUUUGGUGUUUGUUGCCUGUGCAAGAUGGUACAAGAGCAUCAAGUUAGAGGGAAGGUAUGAGGACAAUGAAGACACCUCCAAUGUCUGAAUGUGAUUUAAGCAUUGAUUCUUUAAUUGAUGCAAAGAAAAAGGUCUAAUAUAUUUUAGUUCGCUAGAAGUUAUGUGAGAGCUUGACCAAUGCUUUUGGGCAUUGUGAGGAAGCAGAUGCCUGCCAUGACAUGAAACACAAAUCCUUUGGGCGACGCAAUGCUUCAAAUAAAUAAGGGAAAGCUGUUCCUAGACAAUGGAAAUCACUACUAUCUUUAUUCCAAGAAGGGGAGAAAGCAGCUUUGUCAAAUAAAAACAUUGUAGAACUGAACUAAUGUCUAGUUUAGUUGGCCAGAUUGCUGCUAACAGAACCUUCAUGCUGUAUAAUAUUAUGAAUUUAGACAAUAAUACUUCCAAUUAAACUCUUUUACUACCAAAAGGACAGUUGCAUGAA